GUUUUUAGCUUCUUCAAGCUCAUGCGUGCAAGCUAUUCCUUCGGUUUUGCAUAAUCUGUGUUCUGUGUGUAUGUAUGAAAUUUUUCUAUAAAUUGUCAGUCUUUCUGAUUCACGGUUGUGUGAAGAUCAUGGGAGGGUACAUGAGCAAAAAAUCCGGGGAGACUUCGGGUGAUCUGCAGAGCAGAGCAGAUCUGAUCAGUUCGUAUGAAGCGGCCUGCAAGGUGGAUGCGGAUUUGCAGACAUUUGAUUCAACAUUGCAGGCGAGGACGAGUCAUGUGAUUAGUACAUUGGCUGUGGGGGUUGAGGUUAGGGCGUUGUCGUUUGAUUCGUUGAAGGAGGUGACGGGGUGUCUGCUGGAUAUGAACAAGGAGGUGGUGAAGGUGAUCCUGGAGUGCAAGAAGGAUAUAUGGAGGAACCAAGAGCUGUUUGAGCUAGUUGAGGAGUAUUUCGAGAAUAGCCUCAAGAGUCUGGACUUCUGCGCCGCAUUGGAGAAGUGUCUGAAGCGGGCGCACGAGAGCCAGGUGUUGAUUCGCCUCGCACUAAAGGAGUUCGAGGAGGAGAGUGUUGUGGAUGGGGUUAAGAAGUAUGAGAGGACUCUGGAGGAGCUGAAAGGGUUCAGGGCUGCUGGGAACCCUUUCACAGAGGAGUUUUUCGACAUUUUCCAGUCUGUGUAUGUGCAGCAAGCCCUAAUGCUUGAGAAGCUGCAGACAAGGAAGAAGAAGCUGGACAAGAAGCUGAUGUACAUUCAUGCCUGGAGAAAAGUCUCCAGCAUGAUGUUCGCUGCCGCCCUGGCCGCCGUUCUCAUCUGCUCGGUCGUGACGGCCGCCAUCUCCUCGCCAACCGUCGCGGGCGCGCUGGCGGCCGCCACCGCCAUCCCCAUCGGCUCGAUGGGGAAAUGGAUCGAUUCCCUGCUCAAGAACUAUGAGGAUGCCAUCAAAGGACAGAAGGAAAUCAUCAGCUCUAUGCAAGUUGGGACCUAUGUUACCAUCAAAGAUUUGGACACCAUCAAGGUGCUGGCUGACAGGUUGGAACUCGAGAUCGAAUCCCUCCUGAACACCACCGGUUUCGCCAUUAAUGAAGCCGCUGUCAAGGUUGCCAUCGAAGAAAUCAGGAAGAAGCUCGAUUUCUUCAUGAAGAAUGUCGAAGAUUUAGGUGUUCAAGCUGACAAUUGCAGCAGGGACAUAAGGAGGGCUAGGACUGUUAUACUGCAGCGAAUCAUCAAGCACCCCAACCAUUAAGGAACAAGCUAGGUUGGGAGUAUGGGACUGUUUUGCAUGGAGAGAAACCAUUAAGGAGUAAGGAUCAUCACCAUUAUACUUACCUAGUACUGUAAUGUGUGUUUUUUUUUUACCUCAAAUGAGGAUAUUGUACUUGUCCAUUGCAAUUGUUGUUAAAGAAAUCAAGGUUAUUAUUGAGUGCUCUAUUUGAAUAA